AAACGUGUUCCAAAUGGAAAAUCGAGAUUAUCGACCUAAAUUUAUAAAAAAUAAUAUGAAAUUCCUCUUUUGAAAUUGAUUUACCUAUUCUUCAGUGAAAACAAAAUCCCGUAAAUUCUCUUUCCGUGACAGAAAGUGUUUGUUCCGAAUUUUCUACCAUAAAAAUAGGAAAAAAUCAUUUAAAGGUUAGAAACAAAUUAUUAUCAAUAUCCGAACAGAAACAAACGAGCUAGCUUCAUGCGUCAAUGACAUAAAAUGAACAUUUUCUCAUAAAAAAAAAAAAUUGUUAAUCAUCGAAUUGAUUGACAUCUUGAACUAAAAAUGGGGAGGAGCUCGAAUAAUGAUGAUGGUAUGACGGUUGAUUCGAAGAGCGAGAAAAAAUCAAAAAAGAAAAAGACAAAAUCAGUGGCGGAUGAGAAUGCCGGGGAAUUAGUUAGUAAACCAGAAGUGAAGGUGAAGAAAUCGAAGAGGAAAAAGUCAGAGGCAUCUGAAGCUGUAGAAGAGGACGUGCCCAAGAAGGCUAAGAAGGCAAAAAAAGAAAAACUGGAUGACACAGAGAAGGCAGAUAAAGAGGUUGAUGAAGAGGUCGAGGGGGAUGCACCUCCUAAGAGUAAGAAACCUUCGAAGAGGCAGUUGAAAAGAGAGAAGAAAGAAGCAAGGGAAGCAGAGAAGCGAGAUGCCAGUAAAGUUGAAGCUAUGAACAAAUCUCUCGAGUAUAUUUCAACGUGGAAACAUGCAAAGAGUAAAUGGAAAUUCGAAAAGCUCAAGCAAAUCUGGCUGAUGGAUCACUUACUAGACGACUCGUUAGUCCCAGAGGAAGUAUUCCCCACUGUACUGGAAUACUUCGAAGGUUGCAAAGGAAUGGCUCGAGAAUUGCUCCUAAAGAAAGGUAUGGACGUCAUAAAAAAAUACGAACGACAGCAGGAGGCCGCUGAAGAAGUCGAAGAGACUGUGGAGUACAAAAGAGCCAGGCAAUUGCUUCAAGCUUUACCAACAGAAACUUGAAUAGUCUCAAAUCCAAAAUAUUUUAUUUAAUAAAAAUUUCCAAGUUUUCAUAUUUUAAAUCUUUUUUGUAUAUUCACCUCUCAUGAAAUAUCCCAACGAUUAAUUUACAACGAGAAAUCUUCUGGAUAUAAAGGGACUAUGUAAAUGGUUCUGUACAACGAAAUAAAUUGCUGUUUGAAAAUGUUUUUUGGCUA